AUGAAAGUAACUCUUUCAUCAGAUGGUGAGAUGAAAGUACCUCUUUCAUCAGAUGCUGAGAUGAAAGUACCUCUUUCAUCAGAUGCUGAGAUGAAAGUAACUCUUUCAUCAAAUGGUGAGAUGAAAGUACCUCUUUCAUCAGAUGGUGAGAUGAAAGUAACUCUUUCAUCAGAUGGUGAGAAGAAAAUACCUCUUUCAUCAGAUGGUGAGAUGAAAGCAACUCUUUCAUCAGAUGGUGAGAUGAAUGUAACUCUUUCAUCAGAUGGUGAGAUGAAAGCAACUCUUUCAUCAGAUGGUGAGAUGAAAGCAACUCUUUCAUCAGAUGGUGAGAUGAAAGUACCUGUUUCAUCAGAUGGUGAGAUCAAGGUAACUCUUCCAUCAGAUGGUGAGAUGAAAGCAUCUCUUUCAACAGAUGGUGAGAUGAAAGUACCUCUUUCAUCAGAUGGUGAGAUGAAAGUAAUUCUUUCAUCAGAUGGUGAGAUGAAAGUACCUCUUUCAUCAGAUGGUGAGAUGAAAGCAACUCUUUCAUCAGAUGGUGAGAUGAAAGCAACUCUUUCUUCAGAUGGUGAGAUGAAAGUAACUCUUUCAUCAGAUGGUGAGAUGAAAACAACUCUUUCUUCAGAUGGUGAGAUGAAAGUAACUCUUUCAUCAGAUGGUGAGAUGAAAGUACCUCUUUCAUCAGAUGGUGAGAUGAAAGUAACUCUUUCAUCAGAUGGCCCCAUUCUCCCGCUUUCCAUCACCCCGCCCCAUUCUCCCGCUUUCCAUCACCCCGCCCCAUUCUCCCGCUUUCUAUCACCCCGCUCUGUUCUCCCGCUUUCCAUCAACCCGCCCCAUUCUCCCGCUUUCUAUCACCCCGCCCCGUUCUCCCUCUUUCCUUCACCCCGCCCCAUUCUCCCGCUUCCCAUCACCCCGCCACAUUCUCCCUCUUCCCACCACCUCGCCCCAUUCUCCCGCUUUCGAUCACCCCACCCCAUUCUCCCGCAUUUUAUCACCCCGCUCCAUUCUCCCGCUUUCCUUCACCCCGCCCCAUUCCCCGGCUUCCCAUCACCCUGCCCCAUUCUCCCUCUUCCCAUCACCCCGCCCCCAUUCUCCCGCUUUCCAUCACCCCACCCCAUUCUCCCGCUUUCCAUCACCGCGCCCCAUUCUCCCCCAUCACCCCACCCCAUUCUCCUGCUUUCCAUCACCCCGCCCCAUUCUACCUCUUUCCAUCACCCUGCCCCAUUCUCCCGCUUUCCAUCACCCCGCCCCAUUCUCCCGCUUUCCAUCACCCCGCCCCAUUCUCCCUCUUUCCAUCAUCCCGGCCCAUUCUCUCGCUUUCCAUCACCCCGCCCCAUUCUCCCUCUUUCCAUCACCCCGCCUUAUUCUCCCUCUUUCCAUCACCCCGCCCCAUUCUCACGCUUUCCAUCACCCCGCCCCAUUCUCCCGCUUUCCAUCACCCCGCUCCAUUCUCCCGCUUUCUAUCACCCGGCUCCAUUCUUCCGCUUUCCAUCACCUCGCCCCAUUCUCCCGCUUUCUAUCACCCCGCCCCAUUCUCCCUCUUUCCUUCACCCCGCCCCAUUCUCCCGCUUCCCAUCACCCCGCCCCAUUCUCCCUCUUCCCAUCACCCCGCCCCAUUCUCCCGCUUUCGAUCACCCCGCCCAAUUCUCCCGCUUUCCAUCACCCCGCCCUAUUCUCCCGCUUUCCUUCACCCCGCCCCUUUCCCCCGCUUCCCAUCACCCCGGCCCAUUCGCCCUCUUCCCAUCACCCCGCCUCAUUCUCCCGCUUUCCAUCACCCCGCCCCAUUCUCCCGCUUUCCAUCACCCCGCCCCAUUCUCCCUCUUUCCAUCACCCCACCCCAUUCUCCUGCAUUCCAUCACCCCGCCCCAUUCUCCCUCUUUCCAUCACCCCGCCCCAUUCUCCCGCUUUCCAUUACCCCGCCCCAUUCUCCCGCUUUCCAUCACCCCGCCCCAUUCUCCCGCUUUACAUCACCCCGUCCCAUUCUCCCGCUUUCCAUCACCCCGCCCCAUUCUCCCGCUUUCCAUCACCCCGCCCCAUUCUCCCGCUUUCCAUCACCCCACCCCAUUCUCCCACUUUCCAUCACCCCGCUCCAUUCUCCCGCUUUCCAUCACCCCGCCCCAUUCUCCCGCUUUCUAUCACCCCGCCCCAUUCUCCCUCUUUCCUUCACCCUGCCCCAUUCUCCCGCUUCCCAUCACCCAGCCCCAUUCUCCCUCUUCCCAUCACCCCGCCCCAUUCUCCCGCUUUCGAUCACCUCGCCCCAUUCUCCCACUUUCCAUAACCCCUCCCCAUUCUCCAACUUUCCAUCACCCCGCCCCAUUCUCCCGCUUUCCACCACCCCGCCCCAUUCUCCCUCUUUCCAUCACCCCGCCCCAUUCUCCCGCUUUCCAUCACCCCGCCCCAUUCUCCUGCUUUCCAUCACCCCGCCCCAUUCUCCCACUUUCCAUCAUCCUGCCCCAUUCUCCCGCUUUCCAUCACCCCGCCCCAUUCUCCAACUUUCCAUCACCCCGCCCCAUUCUCCCGCUUUCCAUCACCCCGCCCCAUUCUCCCGCUUUCCAUCACCCCGCCCCAUUCUCCCGCCUUCCAUCACCCCGCCACAUUCUCCCGCUUUCCAUCACCCCGCCCAUUCUCCCGCUUUUCAUCACCCCGACCCAUUCUCCCGUUUUCCAUCACCCUGCCCCAUUCUCUCGCUUUCUAUCACCCCGCCCCAUUCUCCUGCUUUCCAUCACCCCGCCCCAUUCUCCCGCUUUCCAUCACCUCGCCCCAUUCUCCCGCUUUCCAUUACCCCCCCCCAUUCUCCCGCUUUCCAUCAACCCGCCCAUUCUCCUGCUUUCCAUCACCCCGCCCCAUUCUCCAGCUUUCCAUCACCCUGCCCCAUUCUCCCUCUUUCCAUCACCCCGCCCCAUUCUCCCUCUUUCCAUCACCCCGCCCCCAUUCUCCCGCUUUCCAUCACCUCGCCCCAUUCUCCCGCUUUCCAUUACCCCCCCCCCCAUUCUCCCGCUUUCCAUCAACCCGCCCAUUCUCGUGCUUUCCAUCACCCCGCCCCAUUCUCCAGCUUUCCAUCACCCCGCCCCAUCCUCCCUCUUUCCAUCACCCCGCCCCAUUCUCCCUCUUUCCAUCACCCCGCCCCAUUGUCCCUCUUUCCAUCACCCCGCCCCAUUCUCCCGCUUUCCAUCACCCCGCCCCAUUCUCCCGCUUUCCAUUACCCCCCCCCAUUCUCCCGCUUUCUAUCAACCCGCCCAUUCUCCUGCUUUCCAUCACCCCGCCCCAUUCUCCAGCUUUCCAUCACCCCGCCCCAUUCUCCCUCUUUCCAUCACCCCGCCCCAUUGUCCCUCUUUCCAUCACCCCGCCCCAUUCUCCUGCCUCUUUCCAUCACCCCGCCCCAUUCUCCCGCUUUCCAUCACCCCGCCCCAUUCUCCAGCUUUCCAUCACCCCGCCCCAUUCUCCCUCUUUCCAUCACCCCGCCCCAUUGUCCCUCUUUCCAUCACCUCGCCCCAUUCUCCCGCCUCUUUCCAUCACCCCGCCCCAUUCUCCCGCUUUCCAUCACCCCGCCCCAUUCUCCCGCUUUCCAUCACCCCGCCCCAUUCUCCCGCUUUCCAUCACCCUGCCCCAUUCUCCAGCUUUCCAUCACCCAGCCCAUUCUCCACAUUCCAUCACCCCACCCCACUCUUCCGCUUUCCAUCACCCCGCCCCAUUCUCCCGCUUUCCAUCACCCCGCCCCAUUCUCCUGCUUUCCAUCACCCCGCCCCAUUCUCCCGCUUUCCAUCACCCCGCCCCAUUCUCCCGCUUUCCAUCACCCCGCCCCAUUCUCCCUCUUUCUAUCACCUGCCCUAUUCUCCCGCUUUCCAUCACCCCGCCCCAUUCUCCUGCUUUCCAUCACCCCACCCCAGUCUCCCGCUUUCCAUCACCCCGCCCCAUUCUCCCGCUUUCCAUCACCCCGCCCCGUUCUCCCGCUUUUUAUCACCCCGCCCCAUUCUCCCGCUUUCCUUCACCCCGUUCCAUUCUCCCGCUUUCCAUCACCCCGCCCCAUUCUCCCGCUUUCCAUCACCCUGCCCCAUUCUCCCUCUUUCCAUCACCCCACCCCAAUCUCCAGCUUUCCAUCACCCCGCCCCAUUCUCCCGCUUUCCAUCACCCCGCCCCAUUCUCCCGCUUUCCAUCACCCCGCCCCAUUCUCCCGCUGUCCAUCACCCCGCCCCAUUCUCCGCUUUCCAUCACCCCGCCCCAUUCUCCCUCUUUCCAUCACCCCGCCCCAUUCUCCCGGUUUCCAUCACCCCGCCCCAUUCUCCCGCUUUCCAUCACCCCGUGCCAUUCUCCCGCUUUCCAUCACCCCGCCCCAUUCUCCCGCUGUUCAUCACCCCGCCCCAUUCUCUCGCUUUCCAUCACCCCGCCCCAUUUUACCUCUUUCCAUCACCCCGUUCCAUUCUCCCUCUUUCCGUCACCCCAACACAUUCUCCCUCUUUCCAUCACCCCGCUCCAUUCUCCCUCUUUCGAUCACCUCGCCCCAUUCUCCCGCUUUUCAUCACCCCGCCCCAUUCUCCUUCUUUCGAUCACCCCGCCUCAUUCUCCCGCUUUCCAUCACCCCGCCCCAUUCUCCCGCUUUCCAUCACCCCGCCCCAUUCUCCCGUUUUUCAUCACCCCGCCCCAUUCUCCCGCUUUCCUUCACCCCGUUCCAUUCUCAUGCUUUCCAUCACCCCGCCCCAUUCUCCCGCUUUCCAUCACCCCUCCCCAUUCUCCCUCUUUCUAUCACCCCGCCCCAUUCUCCCGCUUUCCAUCACCCCGCCCCAUUCUACUGCUUUCCAUCACCCCACCCCAGUCUCCCGCUUUCCAUCUCCCCGCCCCAUUCUCCCGCUUUCCAUCACCCCGCCCCGUUCUCCCGCUUUUCAUCACCCCGCCCCAUUCUCCCGCUUUCCUUCACCCCGUUCCAUUCUCCCGCUUUCCAUUACCCCGCCCCAUUCUCCCCCUUUCCAUCACCCUGCCCCAUUCUCCCUCUUUCCAUCACCCCACCCCAAUCUCCUGCUUUCCAUCACCCCGCCCCAUUCUCCCGCUUUCCAUCACCCCGCCCCAUUCUCCCGCUUUCCAUCACCGCGUCCCAUUCUCCCGCUUUCCAUCACCACGCCCCAUUUUCCCGCUUUCCAUCACCCCGCCCCACUCUCCAACUUUCCAUCACCACGCCCCAUUCUCCAGUUUUCCAUCACCCCGCCCCAUUCUCCCGCUUUCCAUCACCCCGCCCCAUUCUCCCGCUUUCCAUCACCCUGCCCCAUUCUCCAGCUUUCCAUCACCCAGCCCAUUCUCCACAUUCCAUCACCCCACCCCACUCUUCCGCUUUCCAUCACCCCGCCCCAUUCUCCCGCUUUCCAUCACCCCGCCCCAUUCUCCUGCUUUCCAUCACCCCGCCCCAUUCUCCCGCUUUCCAUCACCCCGCCCCAUUCUCCCUCUUUCUAUCACCUGCCCUAUUCUCCCGCUUUCCAUCACCCCGCCCCAUUCUCCUGCUUUCCAUCACCCCACCCCAGUCUCCCGCUUUCCAUCACCCCGCCCCAUUCUCCCGCUUUCAAUCACCCCGCCCCGUUCUCCCGCUUUUUAUCACCCCGCCCCAUUCUCCCGCUUUCCUUCACCCCGUUCCAUUCUCCCGCUUUCCAUCACCCCGCCCCAUUCUCCCGCUUUCCAUCACCCUGCCCCAUUCUCCCUCUUUCCAUCACCCCACCCCAAUCUCCAGCUUUCCAUCACCCCGCCCCAUUCUCCCGCUUUCCAUCACCCCGCCCCAUUCUCCCGCUUUCCAUCACCCCGCCCCAUUCUCCCGCUGUCCAUCACCCCGCCCCAUUCUCCGCUUUCCAUCACCCCGCCCCAUUCUCCCUCUUUCCAUCACCCCGCCCCAUUCUCCCGGUUUCCAUCACCCCGCCCCAUUCUCCCGCUUUCCAUCACCCCAUGCCAUUCUCCCGCUUUCCAUCACCCCGCCCCAUUCUCCCGCUGUUCAUCACCCCGCCCCAUUCUCUCGCUUUCCAUCACCCCGCCCCAUUUUACCUCUUUCCAUCACCCCGUUCCAUUCUCCCUCUUUCCGUCACCCCAACACAUUCUCCCUCUUUCCAUCACCCCGCUCCAUUCUCCCUCUUUCGAUCACCUCGCCCCAUUCUCCCGCUUUUCAUCACCCCGCCCCAUUCUCCUUCUUUCGAUCACCCCGCCUCAUUCUCCCGCUUUCCAUCACCCCGCCCCAUUCUCCCGCUUUCCAUCACCCCGCCCCAUUCUCCCGUUUUUCAUCACCCCGCCCCAUUCUCCCGCUUUCCUUCACCCCGUUCCAUUCUCAUGCUUUCCAUCACCCCGCCCCAUUCUCCCGCUUUCCAUCACCCCUCCCCAUUCUCCCUCUUUCUAUCACCCCGCCCCAUUCUCCCGCUUUCCAUCACCCCGCCCCAUUCUACUGCUUUCCAUCACCCCACCCCAGUCUCCCGCUUUCCAUCUCCCCGCCCCAUUCUCCCGCUUUCCAUCACCCCGCCCCGUUCUCCCGCUUUUCAUCACCCCGCCCCAUUCUCCCGCUUUCCUUCACCCCGUUCCAUUCUCCCGCUUUCCAUCACCCCGCCCCAUUCUCCCCCUUUCCAUCACCCUGCCCCAUUCUCCCUCUUUCCAUCACCCCACCCCAAUCUCCAGCUUUCCAUCACCCCGCCCCAUUCUCCCGCUUUCCAUCACCCCGCCCCAUUCUCCCGCUUUCCAUCACCGCGUCCCAUUCUCCCGCUUUCCAUCACCACGCCCCAUUUUCCCGCUUUCCAUCACCCCGCCCCACUCUCCAACUUUCCAUCACCACGCCCCAUUCUCCCGUUUUCCAUCACCCCGCCCCAUUCUCCCGCUUUCCAUCACCCCGCCCCAUUCUCCCUCUUUCGAUCACCCCGCCCCAUUCUCCCACUCUCCAUCACCCCGCCCCAUUCUCCCGCUUUCCAUCACCCCGCCCCAUUCUCCCGCCUCUUUCCAUCACCCCGCGCCAUUCUCCCACUUUCCAUCACCACUCCCCAUUCCCCCGCUUUCCAUCACCCCGCCCCAUUCUCUCACUUUCCAUCACCCCGCCCCAUUUUACCUCUUUCCAUCACCCCGUUCCAUUCUCCCUCUUUCUGUCACCCCACCUCAUUCUCCCUCUUUCCAUCACCCAGCUCCAUUCUCCCUCUUUCGAUCACCCCGCCCCAUUCUCCCGCUUUCCAUCACCCCACCCCAUUCUCCUGCUUUCCAUCACCCCGCCCUAUUCUCCCGCUUUCCAUCACCCCGCCCCAUUCCCCCUCUUUCGAUCACCCCGCCUCAUUCUCCCGCUUUCCAUCACCCCGCCCCAUUCUCAAGCUUUCCAUCACCCCGCAACAUUCUCCCGCUAUUCAUCACCCCGCCCCAUUCUCCCGCUUUCCUUCACCCCGUUCCAUUCUCCCGCUUUACAUCACCCCGCCCCAUUCUCCCGCUUUCCAUCACCCCGCCCUGUUCUCCCUCUUUCCAUCACCCUGCCCCAUUCUUCCGCUUUCCAUCACCCCGCCCCAUUCUCCCGCUUUCCAUCACCCCGCCCCAUUCUCCCGCUUUCCAUCACCCCGCCCCAUUCUCCCGCUUUCCAUCACCCCGCCCCAUUCUCCCGCUUUCCAUCGCCCUGCCCCAUUCUCCCGCUUUCCAUCACCCCGCCCCAUUCUCUUGCUUUCCAUCACCCCGCCCCAUUCUCCAGCUUUCCAUCACCCCGCCCCAUUCUCCCUCUUUCCAUCACCCCGCCCCAUUCUCCCUCUUUCCAUCACCCCGCCCCAUUCUCCCGCUUUCCAUCACCCCGCCCCAUUCUCCCGCUUUCCAUCACCCCGCCCCAUUCUCCCGCUUUCCAUCACCCUGCCCCAUUCUCCCGCUUUCCAUCACCCCGCCCCAUUCUCUUGCUUUCCAUCACCCUGCCCCAUUCUACCUCUUUUCAUCAUCCCGCCCUAUUCUCCCUCAUUACAUCACCCCGCCCCAUUCUCCCUCUUUCCAUCAUCCCGCCCCAUUCUUCCGCUUUCCAUCACCCCGCCCCAUUCUCGCUCUUUCCAUCACCCCGCCCCAUUCUCCCGCUUUCCAUCACCCCGCCCCAUUCUCCCGCUUUCCAUCACCCCGCCCCAUUCUCCCGCUUUCCAUCACCCCGCCCCAUUCUCCCGCUCUCCAUCACCCCGCCCCAUUCUCCCGGUUUCCAUCCCCCCGCCCCAUUCUCCCUCUUUCCAUCACCCCGCCCCAUUCUCCCGGUUUCCAUCACCCCGCCCCAUUCUCCCGCUUUCCAUCACCCCGUGCCAUUCUCCCGCUUUCCAUCACCCCGCCCCAUUCUCCCGCUGUCCAUCACCCCGCCCCAUUUUCUCGCUUUCCAUCACCCCGCCCCAUUUUACCUCUUUCCAUCACCCUGUUCCAUUCUCCCUCUUUCCGUCACCCCACCACAUUCUUCCUCUUUCCAUCACCCCGCUCCAUUCUCCCUCUUUCGAUCACCUUGCCCCAUUCUCCCGCUUUCCAUCACCCCGCCCCAUUCUCCCUCUUUCGAUCACCCCGCCUCAUUCUCCCGCUUUUCAUCACCCCGCCCCAUUCUCCCGCUUUCCAUCACCCCGCCCCAUUCUCCCGCUUUCCAUCGCCCUGCCCCAUUCUCCCGCUUUCCAUCACCCCGCCCCAUUCUCUUCCUUUCCAUCACCCUGCCCCAUUCUACCUCUUUUCAUCAUCCCCCCCUAUUCUCCCUCAUUACAUCACCCCGCCCCAUUCUCCCUCUUUCCAUCACCUCGCCCCAUUCUUCCGCUUUCCAUCACCCCGCCCCAUUCUCGCUCUUUCCAUCACCCCGCCCCAUUCUCCCGCUUUCCAUCACCCCGCCCCAUUCUCCCGCUUUCCAUCACCCCGCCCCAUUCUCCCGCUUUCCAUCACCCCGCCCCAUUCUCCCGCUUUCCAUCACCCCGCCCCAUUCUCCCGCUGUCCAUCACCCCGCCCCAUUCUCCCGGUUUCCAUCACCCCGCCCCAUUCUCCCUCUUUCCAUCACCCCGCCCCAUUCUCCCGGUUUCCAUCACCCCGCCCCAUUCUCCCGCUUUCCAUCACCCCGUGCCAUUCUCCCGCUUUCCAUCACCCCGCCCCAUUCUCCCGCUGUCCAUCACCCCGCCCCAUUCUCUCGCUUUCCAUCACCCCGCCCCAUUUUACCUCUUUCCAUCACCCCGUUCCAUUCUCCCUCUUUCCGUCACCCCACCACAUUCUUCCUCUUUCCAUCACCCCGCUCCAUUCUCCCUCUUUCGAUCACCUCGCCCCAUUCUCCCGCUUUCCAUCACCCCGCCCCAUUCUCCCUCUUUCGAUCACCCCGCCUCAUUCUCCCGCUUUCCAUCACCCCGCCCCAUUCUCCCGCUUUCCAUCACCCCGCCCCAUUCUCCCGUUUUUCAUCACCCCGCCCCAUUCUCCCGCUUUCCUUCACCCCGUUCCAUUGUCCCGCUUUCCAUCACCCCGCCCCAUUCUCCCGCUUUCCAUCACCCCGCCCCAUUCUCCCUCUUUCUAUCACCCCGCCCCAUUCUCCCGCUUUCCACCACCCCGCCCCAUUCUCCUGCUUUCCAUCACCCCACCCCAGUCUCCCGCUUUCCAUCACCCCGCCCCAUUCUCCCGCUUUCCAUCACCCCGCCCCGUUCUCCCGCUUUUCAUCACCCCGCCCCAUUCUCCCGCUUUCCUUCACCCCGUUCCAUUCUCCCGCUUUCCAUCACCCCGCCCCAUUCUCCCGCUUUCCAUCACCCUGCCCCAUUCUCCCUCUUUCCAUCACCCCACCCCAAUCUCCCGCUUUCCAUCACCCCGCCCCAUUCUCCCGCUUUCCAUCACCCCGCCCCAUUCUCCCGCUUUCCAUCACCCCGCCCCAUUCUCCCGCUUUCCAUCACCACGCCCCAUUUUCCCGCUUUCCAUCACCCCGCCCCACUCUCCAACUUUCCAUCACCACGCCCCAUUCUCCCGCUUUCCAUCACCCGCCCCAUUCUCCCGCUUUCCAUCACCCCGCCCCAUUCUCCCUCUUUCGAUCACCCCGCCCCAUUCUCCCACUAUCCAUCACCCCUCCCCAUUCUCCCGCUUUCCAUCACCCCGCCCCAUUCUCUUACUUUCCAUCACCCCGCCCCAUUUUACCUCUUUCCAUCACCCCGUUCCAUUCUCCCUCUUUCUGUCACCCCACCUCAUUCUCCCUUUUUCCAUCACCCAGCUCCAUUCUCCCUCUUUCGAUCACCCCGCCCCAUUCUCCCGCUUUCCAUCACCCCGCCCCAUUCUCCCGCUUUCCAUCACCCCGCCCUAUUCUCCCGCUUUCCAUCACCCCGCCCCAUUCCCCCUCUUUCGAUCACCCCGCCUCAUUCUCCCGCUUUCCAUCACCCCGCCCCAUUCUCCCGCUUUCCAUCACCCCACCCCAUUCUCCCGCUUUCCAUCACCCCGCCCCAUUCUCCAACUUUCCAUCACCCCGCCCCAUUCUCCCGCUUUCCAUCACCCCGCCCCAUUCUCCCGCUUUCCAUCACCCUGCCCCAUUCUCCCAUUUCCAUCACCCCGCCCCAUUCUCCCGCUUUCCAUCACCCCGCCCCAUUCUCCCGCUUUCCAUCACCCCGCCCCAUUCUCCCGCUUUCCAUCACCACGCCCCAUUUUCCCGCAUUCCAUCACCCCGCCCCACUCUCCAACUUUCCAUCACCCCGCCCCAUUCUCCCGCUUUCCAUCAUCCCGCCACACUCUCCCGCUUUCCAUCACCCCGCCCCAUUCUCCCUCUUUCCAUCACCCCGCCCCAUUCCUCCGCUUUCCAACACCCCGCCCCAUUCUCCCGCUUUCCAUCACCCCGCCCCAUUUCCCGCUUUCCAUCACCCCGCCUUAUUCUCCCGCUUUCCAUCACCUCGCCCCAUUCUCCCACUUUCCAUCACCGCGUUCCAUUCUCCCGCGUUCCAUCACCCCGCCCCAUUCUCCCGCUUUCCAUCACCCCGCCUUAUUCUCCCGCUUUCCAUCACCUCGUCCCAUUCUCCCGCUUUCCAUCACCUCGCCCCAUUCUCCCGCUUUCCAUCACCCCGCCCCAUUCUCCAGCUUUCCAUCACCUUGCCCCAUUCUCCCACUUUCCAUCACCCCGCCCCAUUCUCCCGCUUUCCAUCACCCCGCCCCAUUCUCCCGCUUUCCAUCACCCCGCCCCAUUCUCCCGCUUUCCACCACCCCGCCCCAUUCUCCUGCUUUCCAUCACCCCACCCCAGUCUCCCGCUUUCCAUCACCCCGCCCCAUUCUCCCGCUUUCCAUCACCCCGCCCCGUUCUCCCGCUUUUCAUCACCCCGCCCCAUUCUCCCGCUUUCCUUCACCCCGUUCCAUUCUCCCGCUUUCCAUCACCCCGCCCCAUUCUCCCGCUUUCCAUCACCCUGCCCCAUUCUCCCUCUUUCCAUCACCCCACCCCAAUCUCCCGCUUUCCAUCACCCCGCCCCAUUCUCCCGCUUUCCAUCACCCCGCCCCAUUCUCCCGCUUUCCAUCACCCCGCCCCAUUCUCCCGCUUUCCAUCACCACGCCCCAUUUUCCCGCUUUCCAUCACCCCGCCCCACUCUCCAACUUUCCAUCACCACGCCCCAUUCUCCCGCUUUCCAUCACCCGCCCCAUUCUCCCGCUUUCCAUCACCCCGCCCCAUUCUCCCUCUUUCGAUCACCCCGCCCCAUUCUCCCACUAUCCAUCACCCCUCCCCAUUCUCCCGCUUUCCAUCACCCCGCCCCAUUCUCUUACUUUCCAUCACCCCGCCCCAUUUUACCUCUUUCCAUCACCCCGUUCCAUUCUCCCUCUUUCUGUCACCCCACCUCAUUCUCCCUUUUUCCAUCACCCAGCUCCAUUCUCCCUCUUUCGAUCACCCCGCCCCAUUCUCCCGCUUUCCAUCACCCCGCCCCAUUCUCCCGCUUUCCAUCACCCCGCCCUAUUCUCCCGCUUUCCAUCACCCCGCCCCAUUCCCCCUCUUUCGAUCACCCCGCCUCAUUCUCCCGCUUUCCAUCACCCCGCCCCAUUCUCCCGCUUUCCAUCACCCCACCCCAUUCUCCCGCUUUCCAUCACCCCGCCCCAUUCUCCAACUUUCCAUCACCCCGCCCCAUUCUCCCGCUUUCCAUCACCCCGCCCCAUUCUCCCGCUUUCCAUCACCCUGCCCCAUUCUCCCAUUUCCAUCACCCCGCCCCAUUCUCCCGCUUUCCAUCACCCCGCCCCAUUCUCCCGCUUUCCAUCACCCCGCCCCAUUCUCCCGCUUUCCAUCACCACGCCCCAUUUUCCCGCAUUCCAUCACCCCGCCCCACUCUCCAACUUUCCAUCACCCCGCCCCAUUCUCCCGCUUUCCAUCAUCCCGCCACACUCUCCCGCUUUCCAUCACCCCGCCCCAUUCUCCCUCUUUCCAUCACCCCGCCCCAUUCCUCCGCUUUCCAACACCCCGCCCCAUUCUCCCGCUUUCCAUCACCCCGCCCCAUUUCCCGCUUUCCAUCACCCCGCCUUAUUCUCCCGCUUUCCAUCACCUCGCCCCAUUCUCCCACUUUCCAUCACCGCGUUCCAUUCUCCCGCGUUCCAUCACCCCGCCCCAUUCUCCCGCUUUCCAUCACCCCGCCUUAUUCUCCCGCUUUCCAUCACCUCGUCCCAUUCUCCCGCUUUCCAUCACCUCGCCCCAUUCUCCCGCUUUCCAUCACCCCGCCCCAUUCUCCAGCUUUCCAUCACCUUGCCCCAUUCUCCCACUUUCCAUCACCCCGCCCCAUUCUCCCGCUUUCCAUCACCCCGCCCCAUUCUCCCGCUUUCCAUCACCCCGCCCCAUUCUCCCGCUUUCCAUCACCCCGCCCCAUUCUCCUGCUUUCCAUCACCCCGCCCCAUUCUCCCGCUUUCUAUCACCCCGCCCCAUUCUCCCGCUUUACAUCACCCCGCUCCAUUCUCCCUCUUUCCAUCACCCCGUUCCAUUCAACCCACCGUGUGUUGAACCCACCGUGUGUUAAACCCACCGUGUGUUAA